CUUUUGCAAUGUAUAUAAAUUAAUUACAUAUACAUAUAUACGCUUUCUAAUCUGAUAUAUAGUUUUCUGAAACACAUGCAAUGCAAGCUUUAAAUGUUUUUCAUUUGGAUUAACAAACGUACGGAUCUUACUCAAAACUAUAUAAUGAGUCUAGCUACCUAGCUAGUUCCUAUUCCUAUAGCCAAUAAAGUUUCAGUACUACUUGUCAUUAUGUAGUAUCGUAUAUCAGUUACUGCUGUCAUACAUAUUAGAAUUCUUUUUUUUUUUGGCAAAGUAUAGAUAUAUAUUAGAAUUCAUAACUCUUUCUCUUCCACUAUCAUUAUCCAUGUCUUAUAACAUGACACUCAUUAUUAAAACACAUUUAGUCUCUCUUAUUUACUAUAUAUAUGUACAUACAUACAUACAUAAAUGUAUAUAUAUAUACAUGUAUAGAUUAGGAAUACAGACAAUAUAUUGAAUUGAUUGGAGGUUGGACUGGCAUGAUGAGUCAAGCAAUGUCUGAUUGAUAUAUAGUAAAGACUACUGUCUACAAUAAUACUAGUUGUUGUGAUGGGAUGUGCUAUUUUUAGUACAUAGUAUAAAGCUAAGGUUGAAAAUUUGAGUUCUGAUCCCAGUGAUCCAACCAAACUCAAAUGCUCAUGUUCUUGUAAGUUUCAUACAAGAAAAAUAUAACUUUGAUCAAAUGUGAAAUAUUUUAAACACAUAUAUAUUAUAUACAUUAUUCUAUUAGCAUGUAAUAGCUCUUCACAAUAUUAAACUAGAGGUGUAAUGUAACUUGUAUACACUUGUACAAGUGGUAGUGUUUUUUUACUUCUUUUAUUUGAAGUUUGCCUCCUACAACUCCCCAUAUACUUCUCACGAGCCAUGUGAUUGGGUACCCUUUAGUUUGACUACAUAACUACAACCCAUGUGGACCAAAAAAAAAAAAGCUUUACCCCUUUUGUCAUGAUUUAGGGAAAAAAAGGGUUUUUUGAGCUAGCUACUACACACCACACAAUAUUUUUGGUUAAUUAAUUAAUUAAAGUAGACAUUGAUAAUUACUCUCAAUCUACUUUAAAGUCUAAGUUAAAGCAAAAAAUAGAAAUAUUUAUCCUGUCUAAUUAAGAAUCAUCUCACCAUCAUCUUUAAUCUAGAUCUCAUGAUUUUGAUUUGGACAGUGUAUUCAGGGGACAUCCAUGACCUUUCAACAAUUAGGAAAAUGAUGGGAUUGUAACCUUUACCUUUGUCAUCCUCUAUAACCAACCCUAUCCGAGUAACUUUCUAUAGCUUUAGGCCAAACUUUCUUAUAGGUUUUCCCACUUGUCAUCUUAUGAGAAAAAGCAUUUUCAAAAAAGUGGUUUCCAUUGAACAAGAAUCAUUAAUAAGCAAAACCCAAUAAUAUUUAUGUAAAGGGGAGCUUAAGUAUGUGAUCAUAAUAUAUAAGUACAUAGCCAACUCGUUGUUAAGGUAUAAGGGAUGAAUGGUCUAGUAUGUAAAAUAGAACUAUUAAUAAAUUGUUUUGACAACUCAUUUCGUAUAUAGAGGACAGUUUGUUUUUUUUGUUGGGAAGCAUUAAUUGUAAUUUUUUAUAUCUUCAUAUAUAUAUAUAUAUAUAUAUAUUUGUGUGUAUAUGUGAAAAUUGUUUCAUCAACUUAGUCCUAGUCUAUCUACCUUGUAUUGUCUAACUCACCCUCCUAUUUUCAAGCUCAACAUUUUUCAUUCUUUCCAUCUAAACUUGCUUUUCCAAAACUACCCCUCCAAGUACAUAUUCUUGAUUAAAAGCACAUGCAAAUACAAAUUACCAAACUAGAAUGGCAUGUUUGUUAUUGGCCACAAGAAAAUAAAAUAAAAGGAAGAAAAAUACUGCCAUUGUCUUCUUUUGGUGGAAACUCUUGAGCCAAGUCUCUAGAAUCAUAUAUGAGGACCACUUUCAGUUCAUUUCAAGUCUACUUACCCAGACCAUUGCUCUGCUGUAUGGGACAAAAGAAAGUCGUGUCCCCUCUCAAUUUAGCGGCUAUUGGGUUGGGCCCAUUUAGAGAUAUUAUUUUAUAUAUUAUCUUUCAUAAUAUCUAAUGUUACAAAUAUAGUUUGUAUAGAAUUAGAUUAUUAUUAUUAUAGUUUGAAAUAACAUAUAUUAAAAUAAAAACUCUAUAUAAUGUUAUGAUUAAUUACACCCGGUCAAUGGUCUAAGGAAUCUCAUCUCAGAUGUGUAGGUUUUGGAGUUUGAAGUCAACAAAAAAAAAUUAAUGGAAGAAGAUAAAAAUAUCAAGAGUAACUGCCCACAACCACCUCGGGUUUCACGUAAGAAUGGGAAUAGGAGCCGGAAUCACUCGAGAAAGACGGAAGGGAAAACGGAUCAGGUAGAUGGCGGAGAUCGGAUCAAGUGCUCCGGCAACUCAUGCCGAUCGUGUGCGGCGGCGCUCAUAGCCGAUUGCGUGGCUCUUUGCUGCUGUCCCUUGGCGGUGAUCAACUUUUUCACUUUCGCUUUUGUGAAGGUGCCUUGGGCAGUUGGGAAGAAAUGUUUGAGACGAUGGAAGAAGAAGAAGAAUAAGAAUAAGAGUAAAUGCGAGAAAGGUCAUCAAUAUAACGACAGUGAUGGUAGUGUCGUUGGUGGAGAGAGGUGGUGGAGAGAGGAGGGUAUAAUGGAGAUUUCGUCGUCUUCGGGGGAGAAAAACGACACCGUUGAGGACAGUGUUUGGAUGGAAUUGUAUCAGGUUGGUCAUUUGGGGUUUGGCAGAGUCUCCUUCAGUGGGAUUCAACCUUCUCAGGUUAAGGGCAAUUAGGGAAUAUUACAUUAGUACGAUUACGAAACAAUGUGUAAAAAAAAAUUUCUUUUUAGUUUUAUUUUUUUUUUUUAUUUUACCCUUUUCACUUGGGUAAUUGGGAAAAGAGAAAAGUUACCAAUUGAAAAUUGAAAGGUUAUUAUUAGUGGCAAAGUUUUGGAUGACUUUCUUUUGUAUUGUUGUGGAAGAAUGGUUGAAUUAGCUAAGAACCAGUCACCAAACGAAGGCAACACACAUUCUGUCGUUCUCUGAUGUGUUUGUGUGGCUUUACUGUAAAUAAAAACCCAUAUCCAUCUUAUUUAUUUGGCGGUAUUAGUGU